AUGUACGUGCUGACGCUUUCAUUGCUGACUGGACACUUUUCUUGCUCUCUCUCUCUCUCUCUCAACGGCCUCAAAAACCUACUCUCGAGAUCCAAUCGUGCGGGUUUCGUUAUGGACCAACUCGAUCUGCCAUUUAUCAUUUUGUUUUUGAAUUUACCAGUUCAGACUCGUGCUAUGGCCGGAUUGCUUGCUCUGAUUUCUUCAAUUUGA